GGUAUAUGAUUUUGAUUAUUUACUUCUUGUCAAUUUUGGAUUUUAAGAUUUCCAAAUAGAAUUAAUUAGUAAAACAUCGACGGUUUUAUAAGUGACUUUAAAUUAUACCGCAAAGUGACCGGAAUCUGUGAAGAAAAUAUAUAGCUGAAAUUAAGUGGGAAUUUCAACAUCCAUAUUUUCAACUAUUUUAUAGAUAUUUGGCGUCUCAUUUUUAUUUAACUUGGUCUUUAAAAAAUGACUAAUAUAAAAUUCAGUGGAAAAGCUUAUUGUAAAAUGAUUCUUCAUGCUAUGAAGUAUCCACAUUGUACAGUAAAUGGAGUACUUUUAGCCAAAACAUCGUCCUUGGGUGAGAAAGAAGUGGAGUUUGUCGACAGUAUGCCAUUAUUUCACAUAUGUGUUAAUCUUACUCCUAUGGCAGAAAUUGCCUUAAUGCAGAUUGAUGAACUUGCGUCAAAGAAAGGUUUAACAAUAGCAGGAUAUUAUAUUGUCCCAGAUAAUAUUUCAAGAGAUAAUGUAUUUGAAAAAUCUUACCAUCGAAUAGCUGAAAAAAUUGCUUCCAACUGUAAUAAAUCCUACCUAGUUAUUGUUAACAGUACAAACACCACCAUACACAAAGGAAAUGUUGCACUUAAAAUAGCGCAACUUGUAGAUGGGAAUUAUAAGCCUUGCGAAAACCCUAAUAUUUCUUUUGGUACUAGUGAUACUAUCAACGCAUGUAUAAGUUUAGUAGAAAAUGCAGCUUUUAAGAAACUAGUAGAUUUUGACAACCAUUUAGAUAAUGUUAGUUUAGAUUGGACAAAUGAUGUAAUAAAUAAGGAAAUUGAAUAUUUAUUGUAAAUUGUAAUUAAAAAAAAUUUAUGUGUUGGAAGAAAUAUAUAUAUUAAUACUUUGUAAGCCUAUUGCUAAUUAUUUAUAGU